AUGCCAGCUGGCCUCGGUCAAAUCCAGACAGCGGUUACUCAAUCUCGGCCCCCCACUUCCUUGAAACUAGCUUCCACAGAGUUUCUCCAGACCUCCAGAAGUCGUUUAUCUUUGACAUCGUUAGGUCAACCGAAGGACUCUUGUAACAGACAAUUUAUUAAUGAUGUAUGCGAACUCCCUUCAAAUGGGAAGGACAGCCAAUCGGGUACUUCUUCCGGAUUGCCUUUAGAUUUUCGUCCCGACUAUAAUAGACUUGCAUGUGGACAAAAAGAGAAGAUUAGAGCUAGGCCAAUUUUAAAUAAAUUUAAAGCAGAUGGGACGGAUCGAAUGCAAAAAUCAAACCAGCCUCAAUAUCGCCAUGAGUCAGAGGGAGAUGAAUUAGUAAAUGAGGAUACUCUUGAUGAGGGCGGGGAAGAGGAUGACGAAGUAGUCAGCACUGCCUUCCGUUUGUUCGCCAGGCAUAUUGGUGGCUCAUUGAAGCGUCAAUACCGGGCUUUGCACGCCGGCGCCCCACCCACUCAAGAUUGGUUGGCCAAACAACUGUUGACACGCUGGGAAGGUCUUAGGUCAGAAGACCGAGCUCACUGGUGCUUUCAAGCUCGGAACGCUGCAUUGGUGGCUGGAGGUACUACAUCUCGACCAGCUGCGACUUAA